CACAAAGUGACAAAUAAAACCUUAAGGUCCAGAUUCUUUCCCUUUACCUCUUCGCUCUGCUUCUCUCAUUACCUAGAGGCAAGAAGGGGCUACGAAAUAUUUCCGAAUUUUGUUUGAUUCACCAAAUUCAAGUAUCCGAGUGUUUAAUCUUCGAAAAGAUCGAUUCUUUUUCAGAUGGGUCUCUGGGAUUCGGUUCUAAACUGGCUCAGGAGCUUGUUCUUCAAACAAGAGAUGGAGCUUUCACUUGUUGGGCUUCAGAAUGCAGGGAAGACUUCUCUUGUCAAUGCCAUUGCUACUGGUGGUUACAGUGAAGAUAUGAUACCAACUGUAGGAUUCAACAUGAGAAAAGUUACAAAAGGAAACGUUACCAUAAAGAUUUGGGAUCUUGGAGGACAACGAAGGUUUCGUACCAUGUGGGAGCGUUAUUGUCGUGGAGUUUCAGCCAUUGUAUAUGUCAUUGAUGCUGCAGAUCGAGAUAGUGUACCGAUAUCAAAAAGUGAAUUGCAUGAUCUGCUAACAAAACCGUCUCUUAGUGGCAUUCCUCUUCUGAUUCUCGGCAACAAAAUCGAUAAGUCUGAAGCUAUCUCUAAGCAAGCUUUAGUUGAUCAACUAGGGCUUGAAUCCGUAGCAGACAGAGAGGUUUGUUGUUACAUGAUCUCAUGUAAGGACUCUAUAAACAUCGAUGCGGUCAUUGAUUGGCUCAUUAAGCACUCGAGAACCGCUAAAUAAACAGUAGACACAGCGAGCUCAUCGGUCCAGAGGGAUACAAGCUUGUGUUUGGUUUCUUGAUGUUGUUUUAUUUGUUGAGAAUCAAUCAGAUGUAAAUCAUGAGCUUUUGGUUUUUUCUUCUUGGUCUUCAUCUUGUUAUCUUAAUCUUGUUUUACAAUUCUUCAAAGUUAAUUACAUUUUGGUGAACAUAUAAAUUUAUUACAUUUAUGACGUAUAAAUUGUAGUUUUAU